CGCAGGACCGGGCACCGCCGGCGCCCGCCGCCGCCGCCGAUGCGGCCUGGGCACUUUUAGCCGGGCGGGAGUGCCGGAGAGCCGGGCCGCCGAGAGCAGCGAGCGAGCCGCGCCGAGAGCCGCGCCGACCCGCCGCGAGCAGGGACGGACGCCCGCCCGCCGCCGCCGCCGCCGCCGCCGCCCGGCCGCUAUGGAUCUAUUCGACUUUUUCAGGGACUGGGACUUGGAGCAGCAGUGUCACUAUGAACAAGACCGUAGUGCCCUUAAAAAAAGGGAAUGGGAGCGGAGGAAUCAAGAAGUCCAGCAAGAAGACGAUCUCUUUUCUUCAGGCUUUGAUCUUUUUGGGGAGCCCUACAAGGUAGCUGAAUAUACAAACAAAGGUGAUGCACUUGCCAACCGAGUCCAGAACACGCUGGGAAACUAUGAUGAGAUGAAGGAUUUGCUAACUAACCAUUCUAAUCAGAAUCAUCUAGUGGGAAUCCCAAAGAAUUCUGUGCCCCAGCCUCCCAUCAACAAAAACGAGCCAAGCUUUCUCCCCGAGCAAAAGAACCGAAUGCUCCCACCUCACCAAGAUAACACUCACCCCUCGGCCCCAAUGCCUCCGCCUUCUGUCGUGAUACUGAAUUCCACUCUAAUACACGGCAACAGGAAAUCAAAAGCUGACUGGCCACGGGAUGGUCAUAACGCUAGCCUUGUACCAGCCAGCCAGGCCAGUAGCCAGCCAAACAAGAUGCAGCUGCCUGCGCAAGACCAGCCCCAAGCCCGACUGGAAGACUUCUUCGUCUACCCGGCUGAACAGCCUCAGGUCGGGGCCACUGAAGAGUCAAACCCAUCUGCGAAGGAAGACAAUAGCCUCAAGUCCAGCGGAGGGGAUGCUUUCAAAGAAAUCUUUCAGUCCGUCUCACCGGAAGAAUCUGAAUUUACAGUGCACGCUCCUGGGUCUCCCCUAGUUGCCUCCUCUUUGUUAGCUCCCAGCAGUGGCCUUUCGGUUCAGAACUUUCCACCAGGGCUUUACUGCAAAACAAACAUGGGGCAGCAAAAACCGACCGCGUAUGUCAGACCCAUGGAUGGCCAGGACCAGGCACCGGACAUCCCUCCGACACUGAAACCUUCCAUUGAAUUCGAGAACAGCUUUGGGAAUCUGUCAUUCGGAUCACUGUUGGAUGGAAAACCCAGUGCGGCCAGUUCAAAGCCCAAACUGCCCAAGUUCACGAUUCUCCAAACAAGUGAAGUAAGCCUUCCCAGCGAUCCAAGCUGUGUUGAAGAAAUCUUACGGGAGAUGACCCAUUCCUGGCCUGCUCCUCUCACUGCCAUGCAUACUUCUGGAAACUCUGAGAAGAACACACUUUCCAUCCCAGGACAGGAAUCCCAACAUCUGACCCCAGGAUUCACCUUACAAAAGUGGAGCGACCCGACCAGCAGAGCUUCUACAAAGUCAGUACCGCUCGAGUCGAUGCUUGAGGACGACUUGAAGCUGAGCAGUGAUGAAGACGACCUUGAGCCGGUGAAGACCUUGGCCACUCAGUGCACCGCCACUGAGCUCUACCAGGCUGUUGAAAAGGCAAAACCUAAGAACAAUCCUGUGAACCCGCUCUUGGCCACUCCUCAGCCCCCACCUGCGGUGCAAGCCGGCGGGGGCUCCGGCAGCUCCAGUGACUCUGAGAGCAGCUCCGAGUCAGACUCUGACACUGAAAGCAGCACCACUGACAGCGAGUCCAAUGAAGCGCCUCGUGCGGCCACGCCAGAGCCUGAGCCGCCCUCAACCAACAAGUGGCAGUUGGAUAAAUGGCUUAACAAAGUGACUUCCCAGAACAAGUCGUUUAUUUGUGGCCAAAAUGAAACGCCCAUGGAGACGGUUUCUGUGCCUCCUCCAAUCAUCCAGCCAAUGGAAGUCCAGAUCAAAGUGAAGACAAACCCCAGCCAGGUCCUGGCUGAACCCAAAGAGAGGCCUCUCCUCAGUCUUAUCAGGGAGAAAGCCCGUCCACGGCCUACCCAGAAAACUCCAGAAACAAAGGCUUUGAAGCAUAAGUUGUCAACAACUAUUGAGACAGCUUCCCAAAGGACAAUUGGAAAAAAACAGCCCAAAAAAGUCGAGAAGAACACCAGCAUUGACGAGUUUACCUGGCCCAAACCAAAUAUUACCAGCAGCACCCCCAAAGAAAAAGAAAGCGUGGAGCUUCCUGAUCCACCAAGAGGCCGCAACAAACCAUCUGCCCACAAACCAGUCCCUAGGAAGGAACCAAGGCCAAACAUUCCCUUGGCCGCCGAGAAAAAGAAGUACAGAGGGCCUGGCAAGAUCGUGCCAAAGUCCCGGGAAUUCAUCGAAACGGAUUCAUCUACAUCUGAUUCCAACACAGAUCAGGAAGAGACCCUGCAGAUCAAAGUCCUGCCUCCUUGCAUUGCUCCCGGGGGCAAUUCUGCCAAAUCGAAGGAAACCUGUGGUGCCAGCCUGACCCUCAGCACCUUGGUCAGCAGUACCAGCAGCAGCAGCAGCAGCAGCAGCAGCAGCAACAUAUCCGUCAAUAGUGAGGAACCAGCUUUUUCGCCCAUCCCUGUCAUGCAAACGGAGCUUCUGUCACCUCUACGAGAUCACGAGAAUCUGAAAAAUCUCUGGGUGAAGAUUGACCUUGACCUGCUGUCUAGAGUACCCGGUCACAACGCACUGCAAGCAGCACCAGCCAAGCCAGACCCCAAGGAGACUGCGCCGAAGCCUAAGCGCCAGACCGCUGCUGCGGCUGUGGAAAAACCCGCCCCUAAGGGCAAGCGUAAGCACAAGCCAACGGAAAUUGCAGAGAAAAUCCCUGAGAAGAAGCCACGUCUGGAGGAGGCCGCCGCUAUCUGCCUGCUGCCCCCAUGCAUCUCACCAGCCCCACCCCACAAGCCUCCCAACACUAAAGAGAACAAUUCAUCCAGGAGAGCAAAUAGAAGGAAAGAAGAAAAGCUGUUUCCUCCGCCACUUUCCCCACUGCCAGAGGAUCCUCCACACCGUAGAAACAUCAGUGGCACCAGUGGUCCCUUUGGUCAAGACAAAAACAUCCCUGUGAUUGGACAGAUCACCUCUACCAAGCCUAAGAGGAGUGAAGGCAAAUUCUGUGCUACUUUCAAAGGGAUAUCCGUAAAUGAUGGAGACACUCCAAAAAAGACCGCGUCUGCCACCGUCACGGUCACCAACACUGCUAUUGCCACUGCCACUGUCACUGCUACUGCCAUUGUCACCGCCACUGUCACGGCCACUGCGACCGCCACUGCCACAGCCACUACCACAACCACUACCACAACCAUUUCCACCAUCACAUCUACCAUCACUACUGGCCUCAUGGACAGCAGUCACCUGGAAAUGGCGUCCUGGGCGGCCCUGCCCCUUCUGUCCAGCAGCACCACCAACGUCCGGAGACCCAAGCUCACUUUUGACGACUCGGUUCACAAUGCUGAUUAUUACAUGCAAGAGGCUAAGAAGCUAAAGCACAAAGCUGACGCACUGUUUGAGAAAUUUGGCAAAGCCGUGAAUUACGCCGACGCAGCCCUGUCGUUCACCGAAUGUGGCAACGCGAUGGAGCGCGACCCUCUGGAAGCCAAGUCUCCAUACACCAUGUACUCUGAGACCGUGGAGCUCCUCAGGUACGCGAUGAGACUGAAGAACUUUGCAAGCCCCUUGGCUUCGGACGGGGACAAAAAGCUGGCAGUAUUAUGCUACAGAUGUUUAUCACUUCUCUACUUGCGGAUGUUUAAGCUGAAGAAGGACCAUGCCAUGAAGUACUCCAGAUCACUGAUGGAAUAUUUUAAGCAAAAUGCUUCAAAAGUCGCUCAGAUACCGUCUCCCUGGGUAGGCAAUGGAAAGAACACUCCUUCCCCGGUGUCUCUCAACAACGUCUCUCCCAUCAACGCGAUGGGCAGCUGUAACAACGGCCCGGUCACCAUCCCCCAGCGCAUUCACCACAUGGCCGCCAGCCACGUCAACAUCACCAGCAACGUGUUACGGGGCUACGAACACUGGGACAUGGCCGACAAACUGACAAGAGAGAACAAAGAAUUCUUUGGCGAUCUGGACACACUGAUGGGGCCCCUGACCCAGCAUAGCAGCAUGACCAAUCUCGUCCGCUACGUUCGCCAGGGACUGUGUUGGCUGCGCAUCGAUGCCCAUUUGUUGUAGUGGGUGCUCCCCCCAUGUCCAGCAUCACCACCCAUCACUCUACCUCUACCAGAGCACCAACGGUCACUGGUGGAACUCCACUCAUUUGGGAAAGUUCUCUUUGAUUCUGUUUGUUUUUACACUUCUUUUGAUACCUGUGAAAAACAGAAGUCAUUGUAAGUGGACACUACAACUUGAGAGCGGUAUAUGUUUUAUUACUUAGUCAUUUUUCAGUAUUUUGUAUGCAUUUCUCAGAUCCCACCAUCUUUUUGUGCUUGAUAUGAUGACACAGUCCCUACAGUAUUGUUUUAAGACCACACUACCCAAAACAAAGAAUGGGAAAUACUUGUGAUGAUAACAGGUUCCUGAGAACUGAAAUGAGAUGUCAUAUAU